AUGGUUUUACAAAACAACAGCUUCAGCAGCGAAAUCCCAUCACAGAUCAGCAACUUGCUUCAACUCCGUCAUCUCAUUCUUAGUAACAACUCAUUUGGUGGGCUGAUACCCUCAAAUCUUUCUCGCUGCUUGAACCUUUGGACCUUGGAUCUCAUAGAUAACCAACUUGUGGGGGGAAUUCAUUCCAAACUCGGUUCUUUACCAAGGCUUAAAAAAUUGGAUUUGGCUAAGAACAGACUUGUAGGUCCUAUUCCACCUUCGAUCGGAAACCUCUCGCAGCUACUAGAACUCUCCCUAGGAGAAAAUGCAUUUCAUGGAGAAAUACCUAAGGAUUUUUCCCGACUCGAGAGGUUGGAACUUCUCCAACUAGGAUUGAACAAACUCACUGGCGAGAUUCCACCAGGGAUUUUUAACAUCUCCUCCCUUCGUAUCUUCUAUGUUGGUUGGAACCAAUUGUGGGGAAGCUUUCCCUUUGAUAUCGGCACCACUCUUCCAUCUUUGCAUUACCUUGGAGCCUCCCAUAACUUGUUGACUGGGACAAUUCCGUCAUCGUUAACGAAUGCCACCAGCCUUGAGAAACUUUUGCUUUACAACAACAGUUUCCAUGGCCCAAUACCUAAAACCCUGGGAAGGCUUAAGGGCCUCAAAUUUUUUGUCUUGGGUCUUAACCAAUUGCAGGAUGACUUAAGUUUUAUUUCUUCUUUAGCUAAUUGUUCUAGUUUAGAUACUCUCACGGUGGAAUCAAAUUUGAUCCAUGGAUGGUUGCCGACAUCCAUCUCCAAUCUCUCCACCAGCAUUAAUCGGAUUUUCAUGGCAAAUAAUCGCAUCCAAGGAACUAUUCCUUCAGCCGUCCGAAAUCUCUACAACCUGUCCAUCUUGAGUUUAGAAAAUAAUCUUCUAACUGGUUGCAUUCCUGAUUCCAUUGGAGCACUUCACAGCUUGCAGAGGCUUUUUUUGUCCAGAAACAUGUUUACUGGAGAGGUACCGUCUUCGAUUGGUAACAUAACAUCAUUAUAUUUCCUUGAUCUUGCCACCAACAAUUUCCAUGGCUUCAUACCACAAAGUCUCGGGAACUGCAAGCACUUAACCAUGCUCGAUCUUUCGAACAAUAGUCUUAUUGGCUCGGUUCCAGUCGAAAUUAUGGGUCUUUCUUCCUUGUCGAUCAUCUUCAGUUUAGCACAUAAUAAAUUAAGUGGAUCUCUUCCAUUGCAAGUCAGCUCUUUAAUAAAUCUCGCUGAGUUAGAUCUGUCUUAUAAUAGAUUGACCGGCUUAAUUCCAGCCUCCAUCAGUUAUUGCUUGAGAUUAGAAUGGCUUUACUUAGAAGCAAAUUCUUUUCAUGGUCAAAUCCCCAAAGAUUUACAUCCAUUAAGGGGUCUACAAGAGCUGGACCUUUCCAAUAAUAAUUUUGCUGGUCCAAUCCCGAGCUUUCUUGCAGAGCUCUCACUGCUCACAUACUUGAAUUUGUCCUUCAAUGAACUAGAAGGACAAGUUCCGAAGGGUGGAGUUUUUCUUAAUGUAAGUGCUGUAUCGGUUUCCGAAAAUAGUGAACUCUGUGGAGGUGCUCCAGGUUUGAAGCUUCCUCUUUGUAAAUUACCAAGCUCUAACAAGUCUUCUACAACAAUGAUAUUUGUGGUAGCUAUCAGCUUGUUAUGUUCAGCUUUUUUGUUGAUGUCUGUCUUCUGGUACCACAAAAAGAAGCAGACAAGAACCGAUGCCUCAACGUCAUUUUCCUUGGAGCACCAAUUCUUGAGGAUUUCUUAUGAAGAACUCCUUAGAGCUACCGACAAAUUCUCCGAAACCAAUUUAAUUGGUAAAGGGACAUAUGGCACAGUUUAUAAGGGGAUUCUUGAUGGUAAUGCCACGGUGGCAGUGAAGGUGCUCCAUUUAAUGCAAAGAGGUGCUUUGAGGAGCUUUUUCUCAGAAUGUCAAACUCUAGGAGCCAUUAGACACCGAAACCUCGUGAAAAUACUAAGUGUCUAUUCAGGCAUGGACUUUCGUGGCAAUGACUUCAAAGCUCUAAUAUAUGAGUUCAUGGCUAAUGAGAGCUUGGACGAGUGGCUACAUCCUCAAACUAUAGGAGGAGAUGAUGAGCGUGGUGAAUCGAGAAAUCUAAAACUAGUGCAAAGGUUACACAUUGCCAUUGACAUAGCUACUGCAAUCGAAUAUCUCCACAAGGGUUGUUAUCCAGCAAUUGUCCAUGGAGAUCUAAAGCCAAGUAAUGUGCUUCUGAACAAUGACAUGGUGGCUCGAGUUGGAGAUUUCGGGCUGGCAAAGAUCAUUUCAACGAUGUCUAUUGAAGCCAUAGGAGUUCAGGACCAGGGUAGUUCAACUUCAACCGCAAUUAGAGGAUCCAUUGGUUAUGUGCCUCCUGAGUAUGGCAUGGGAAACAAGGUUUCCACACUGGGGGACGCAUACAGUUAUGGCAUUCUAUUGUUGGAGAUAUUCACUGGGAAGAGACCGGCUGAAGAGGCCUUUGGGCACAGUCUUAACCUCCAUAGUUUUGUCCAAAUGGCUCUUCCGGAUCGAGCAAUGGACAUUGUAGACUUAAGGCUUUGGAGUGAAGUUGGUGAUCAGCAACAAGAAGUCAAUAUCAAAGAUUGCAUUAUCUCCAUACUCAAACUUGGAGUUGCAUGUUCAAUGGAGUCACCGUCGAAUCGAAUGGAUAUGACCGAGGCGAUCGGCAAAUUAUACUCAAUUAAGGCGAGUUACGAAGGACAGGUAUGUGGCUAA